AUGAGAUUGAGAAAUAUUUUAUUACCUAACAACUAUAAAUUUUCUAAUAUUAUUAUAAAGAGACCGUUAGUCACAAUGUCAUUGUCAAAAGAACAAACAAAAUUAUUAAUCCCAGGCCCUAUUACCCUCUCCAAGGAGGUUGUUGGUGCUUUGGGACAACAAUCAGUAUCACAUACUUGUCCAUCCUUCACCACAUCAUUCAAGGAAUCUCUUAAGAUGUUACGUCAAGUGUAUGUUGCUCAUGAGACUCGAGGUAUGCCAUUAAUCAUUUCGGGUUCAGGUACAUUGGGUUUCGAUCUGGUUGGUUCUAACUUGAUUGACCCAGCUGAUGAUAAAAUUUUAGUUUUAUCAACAGGAUUUUUCAGUGAUGAAUUUCAUGAAGCAAUUUCAACUUAUUAUGUUGAAGAUUCUAAUCAAGUUAAACGUUUAUCUGCCACAAAUGCAGGUGAUACUAUACCACUAAAUGAAAUUGAAAAUGAAUUACAGAAUGGAAAUUAUGACCUUAUUGUAAUGACUCAAGUAGAUACCUCAACAGGUGUAUUACUAGAUAUUGAAAAAAUUGCUAAUUUAGUUCAUAAAAUUUCACCAAAUACAUUAAUUGUAGUUGAUACAGUUUGUUCAUUAGGUUGUGAAACUAUAAAAUUUGAUCAAUGGGGGUUAGAUAUUUGUAUUAGUGCUUCACAAAAAGCAAUUGGUGCACCACCGGGAUUAUCACUUGGUAUGGUUAGUGAUAGAGCAAUUUUAAAAUCUGAAACGAAAAAACCUUUACGUAAUGGAAGUUAUUAUACUUCAUUUAAGAAAUGGUUACCAAUCUUAAAAGCCUUUGAAUCUGGGAAACCAGCAUAUUUUGCUACACCACCUGUACAAUUAAUUGAUUCCCUAAGAGUAGCUUUAAGACAAAUUUUAGAAUUUUCUUAUGAGGGUCAAAUUGGUAUUGAUGCAAGAGUCAAUAAACAUAGAGAUACAAGUGAUAAUUUUAAAAACAUUAUUACCAAAGAAUUUAAUCUAUCUUUAGUUUCAAAGACUUUAAAUAAUUCAGCUCACGGCCUUACUGCGUUUUAUGUUAAUAAUCCACCAUCGGUGAUCAAUUUUAUGCAACAACACGGCUAUACCAUUACUGGUGGAAUCCAUAAAGAUAUUAAGAGCAAAUAUGUCAGAGUCGGUCAUAUGGGUGUUAGUGCAUGCGAUGACUCUCUCAAUGAUAUCUCAGGUUGUCUUUCAACUUUGGGUGAUGCAUUGAAAUAG